GCGUGCGCGUGUGUAUGUACGGUCACACGACACACAUCGGCUCGAGUUAUUUUUUGAAGAAAUAUCGCGAAUCCAUUUUGACCACGUAAAAAUUGACCUUUUCCGGGAAGGAGAUGAACCGAUUGGUGGCGGCGUGUAGAAUGUAAGGAACGAUGUGCGCGUUCUCGCGUAAUCGACGUAGACACGUUUUUUGACACUUCGGGGGUAUCGGUCAGCUGGGUUCUGCUUUAUACCGCGAGCGAAAACGCUCUUGAAACUUGGAAGAUGACAUUCGACGGAAAAUACAACGCUAAAAGCCCCGCCGUGAAGAGAUUAAUGCGGGAAGCACAAGAGUUGCAUGAAGCAACGGAGGAAUACUGUGCUUAUCCGUUGGAGGACAACCUCUUCGAGUGGCACUUCACCGUGCAAGGGCCACCGUUGACAGACUUCGAGGGCGGUGUUUAUCACGGCAGAAUUCUAUUACCACCAGAGUAUCCAAUGAAACCACCAAAUAUCAUAUUACUCACGCCUAACGGCCGAUUUGAAGUUAAUAAGAAAAUUUGCUUGAGUAUCUCUGGCCAUCAUCCUGAAACGUGGCAACCAUCGUGGAGUAUCCGAACAGCUUUGUUGGCAUUAAUUGCAUUCAUGCCAACUCCAGGGAAUGGAACUAUCGGUUCACUGGAUUAUAACACCGAGGAGAGACAAAAGUUGGCCAAGAGGUCGUUACAAUGGCAAUGUGACAUAUGUGGUAAAACUGCAACCUUGUUAUCGAAGGACACGGUUAAGAAACCUAUUACAGAGGAAGAACAGCACAUGUUAGAUACAAUUGCAUUGAAGGCCGAAGAACCAUCAACGUCCGAAUCUUCUUUAACGUCAAAUACAGACAGUAUUCAAGACAACGACCUGCGGAAACGUAAUGUGGAAGUUCCACGUGUGGAGACCAUUGAACGACAACAACCAGAGAUUAUUAUUAAUCAUCAGGAAGACAUUAUGUCCUCUUCAAACGAUCUUUUCUGGAGUAUACUUAUAGCAUCUCUGGUGUCAGCGAUCAUCCUUCUUGUUUUGCGACGACUAUUCCUCGUUUAAGUUGCAGCGCAACUUUGUGAACAAUGGACAUUACAUCUGUACGCAUGUUAUCGGAUUCAAAGUAAAUUUUAUACACAUUUUACGAACAGCAUUUUUAAACUUAGUGUGCAGAGGAAAUUUAUACUUGAAAGGGAUGUCAAGUUUGAAUUGUAUACAAUGUAGUAACACCAUACAACUGUGCAAUAUCUGUACGAAACACAAAGUCAUCUGUCACAUUCACUACUAGGAAUUUCAGUGCUUACGAUGCACAAUUGAUGUAGCAGAGGUAUGCAAUUACCCUCACUUGCUGAUUUUUACACAUUGUUGGUUAAACGAAUAUGCUUCACUGAGUCCGUGUAAUAACCUGCAGUUUCUUCUGUGUCUUAGAUCAGCUGUAAGCUACUAGUCUUUAAUUAAUUUUGAAAUCGAGGUUCACUCCAAGGUCUCAUAUAUAUGUAUGUUAACUGUACAGUCUUUGAGGCUGUAGCUUAUGAAAUUUAGAAAUGACUCGUUGCUUGCAUUUAUUAGCCAUAAAGUAGCAAUAAUUACUAAUAAUAAUGCGAAUGAAAGAGAUAUUUGUACACAUUUUGAACUUAUAUUUGAGCAGUAGGAUGUAAUUAUCACAAACUGGUCUAUAGAUGAAUCGUCAUUGUGCACAGUAUUUAAUGAAUGUCCUUCGUUAUUUGAAGCCUUGACGAACAAAUCAUAGUCUCUUGCAUUCACUGUUAGUUUUUCGAUACUCCAUUCUCAAUGUACAAUUAUAUGUAUACUUGCAACAAAUCUCGCACUGACUGUAUUGUACCAAUUUUGCAUCACCUUUGAAAAUCUUAAAAAACAUCUCAAAUACUGGAGUAACGACUCUUAAAAAAUUGGUUCGGAUACCCAGAUUUUGACAGAGACCAAGGGAAAUUUUAUAAAGAAACUGUUUUAUUGAAGCAUACAAAUGUACUCGUCUUUUAGAGUAGAAUUACGUUUUGAAACCUUCCCUAGGGAUCGGACAUUCUCGUAAAUGUACGGUACAGGCAAAUUCCUAACAAUUUUGGCCCUGAUUACAAUUCUGAUAUGAAACACAGUACCUCUCGUCUAAUUAUACCUUACACUGUGUUUGACUAGCUUAUUACGGCGAUUUCAAACUGACGGCGAAAUGUCAUGACCGUAACGGCACUCGAGGUCAACUACAAGAAACAGUCCGUUUUUUUUUUAGAUUGAAAAAGAUGCCGAGAAACUAGAUGACUGGUGUUAAAAGACCCCGACAUUGUAGACGUCGUUCAUCGGUAACUUUUACUUUUUACAUUGCAGUUCCCAUUCGCAUAUAAGCCAGAGUAAGAAUAAACAGUCUUUUUCAUUU